AUGCCCCCACGCAGCAACCCGGCCACAGCCGCGCCACAGCCUGCCAGCGGUGGCGGUACGUCCACCCUCUCGGCUCCAGUGUUGUCAUCGAGGUCGCCGCAACGAGCUGCGUCGCCGUUGCUGUGCGCGUCCUCUGAGAUACCGCCGUCCGCAGAGUCCUCCUCCGCGAGCGGAUCGUCGUCAAGGACGUCGUCGUCGUACUCCGACAGCGACGACGAGCCCCACCGCGCGCAGGGCGUUGGUGGUGGCGUCCGUCGCGCAUAUAACACUGCGACUGCCUCGGUCGAUGCCCCCAAGAGCCGCAGCACGCGGGCAAAACGGUGGCUGAAGAAGAAGCUCAUCCCAGAUUUCGUGCACGAGUACGGGCGCACCGUGUACGGCGGCAACCCGCUUUCGCAGCAGACGUUGCCCGGCAUUUUCAACUACCCCUCGCCCUUCAUCCUCGUGCCCAUCUUCUAUCUGUUGACGGUGCCAUUCCUGGUCCUGGGGGGGUUGGUGCUAGUGAAGGGUCGUGAGUAUGACAUCGUUGAGCAGGAAUACAGCCACAUCCACCAGUACCAGUACAUCCCGGCGAACUCGAGCGUGAACGUGAACCAUGGCAUCCGGCAGUUCACGGCGGACGGCGUGACGCACGCGCAGGGCACGCGGACGUGGCUGGAGAUCAAUAUCAGUCACCGCAUGAAGGCCCCAGUGUACAUGUACUACAAGAUCACGAACAUGCACCAAAACUACCGCGACUUCCACAACGGCCGCGCCAACUCGCAGCUGAGAGGCAAGCCGAAGGUUGAAAAGGCUUACCUGUGCAAGCCGUACACGUACCCUGGCUUCCGCAGCGACGAGGGUGAUACCCCCAUCACCAUCACCGACGCGACCGGAAAGCAAGUGACGCGGCCGGCCAGAUACUUCACGUACAACCCCUGCGGUAUCGCGCCAUGGUCCAAGUUUAACGACACGUUCAUUCUCUACCGCAAGCUGACGUCAGCGGAGGUGCGGCGAGCGAACAUCAAUGGCGUGCCUGUGCUUUACGGCGGCGUGGACAGCAAGACGCCGGUGGCGUUAAUCUGCAACGGCACCGAUUUUGGGCUGCGCGGCGAGCCCCUCAGCGGCAGCGUGACGACGAACAGCUGUUCCAAGAAGGGCAUCACCUGGAAGGCGGACAGUGAUAUCCGCUUCCACAACAUAACGCUGCGCGAGGACUGGUGGUCGCUGUACUACCCGUACCCGACGACUAACGAGUACCUGCGCAACGGCUGGUACCUGCACGAGCCGGGGCACGCGCUACCGGACCCGUCCGACUAUGACCUGCAUGUGUGGAUGCGAGCAUCCUUCACACCCAACUUCCGCAAGCUGUACCGCAUCAUCCACGUGCCCCUCCGCCCCGGCACGUAUCUGGUGGACAUCAGCGAGUUCUACGACGUGGUGAGCUUCCAUGGCCGCAAGAGCGUGGUGCUGCAGCACGCCAACUGGGUUGGCGGCCGAAACACCGUCCUCGGUGUUGUGUUCAUCAUCAUGGGGUGUGUGUCCUUUGUCCUCGGCGUCACCUUCACGGUGGAGUGCAUGCUGCAGAUCAACGGCGUGAACCGGUACAAGCACCUGCGCGAGCCGAAGCGCAGCUGGUACGUGUUCCAGCCGAAUGAGCCGGAGUUUUCGAAUUACUAUCAGCUGCGUCUGCGCCGCCACAUCCCGAUGGCGCAGCUGCAGUCGCUGCGCAAGGCUGUAGCCGAGCUGGAGAGCUUGGCGCGCGACGGCGAGGCCAACAGGAACGACGCCAACGGCCAGCGCGUGUGA